CCCCACCCACCCACCCACCUCCAUCCUCUCUGAGACCAGCUGAUGAGUGGAGGCAGGGUUCGGAGAGGCCGAGAAGAGGCGACGCAAGGAAUGGAGAUGAUUUUAAAUUAAAGCGACGUUUAAAACAUUGAAAUAAACUACGAGUGAGAAGAGUUUAGGGAGGGAGGGAGGGGGUGUGUGUGGGGGGGGUAGGAGAUCGUUUAGGAGGUACGCCGCCAGAAUGUGGCUCAAGCCGGAGGAGGUUCUGCUGGCGAACGCCCUGUGGGUGACGGAGCGCGCCAACCCUUACUUCUUGAUGCAGAGGCGGCGCGGCCACGGGGACGGAGGCGGCCUCACAGGCCUGCUGGUGGGCACCCUGGACGUGGUGCUGGACUCGAGCGCCCGUAUCAGCCCAUACCGUGUGCUGCACCAGACGCCCGAGUCGCAGGUCUACUGGGCUAUUGCCACCGGAAGCUCUCGGCAGGAGGCAACGCGGCACUGGGAUUGGCUGGAACAGAACCUGCUGCAGACGCUGAGCGUGUUCGAGACGGAGGAGGAUGUCACGGAGUUCGUCAAGGGCAAAGUGCAGGGUAUAAUGGCAGAGGAGGGGCGGCAGCGCGGCGGCACGGCCGGUGCGGCGGGAGCCGAGCAGGACUCGGACAAGUUCAUGGAGGCCGUGGCCAAGUUCCGCAAGCUGUUCGGGAUGCCCGAGGAAGAGCGCCUUGUCAACUACUACUCCUGCAGCUACUGGAAGGGCCGCGUGCCGCGCCAGGGCUGGCUCUACCUCAGCGUCAACCACGUCUGUUUCUACUCGCUGCUGCUCGGCAAGGAGGCCAAGCUAGUGGUGCGCUGGGCGGACGUGACGUGCCUGGAGCGCACCGCCACGGUGGUGCUGCCUGAGAGCGUACGCGUGGCGACGCGCGACGGCGACCUCUUCUUCUCCAUGUUCCUCUCCGUGGGUGAGACGUUCCGUCUCAUGGAGCGUCUCGCCGACAUGGCCGUGCGCCGCCUGCUCAACAGCGGCGACGCCGCCCCGGGCCCCUCCGGCGCCUCCCAGAUGGACGCCAGUGCAGGCGGCGGAAGUGGCGGCGGCAUCGGCGGUGGCGGUGGCGGUGGCGGAGCUGCGGGCGGUGGGCUCGUUGGUGCCGGGUCCCUCCCCGGGAGCCUUGGGGCCGCUGCUGGUGGCGGUGGCGGCGCCGGGGGGGUGGGACCUGCGGGGGGGGGUGGCGGGGCGGGCGGCGGGGGCAACACGAGGUCCCCGCGCAAGGUGUCGGCGCUCAAGCGAGACCUGGAUGCGCGCGUGAAGAGCGAGGCAUACUGCUCAGCAUUCCGUCUGCCCCGCGACGAGCGGCUCGACGGACACACGGACUGCACGCUGUGGCUGCCCUUCAGCAAGAUGCACGCCGCCGGGCAGCUCUACGUCUCCUCCAACUACCUGUGCUUCUCCAGCCGCGAGGAGGGCCUCUGCAGCCUCGUCAUCCCACUCAGAGAGGUGACGGUGGUGGAGAAGGCGGACAGCUCGAGUGUGCUACCGAGCCCGCUGAGCGUGAGCACGCGUUCACGCACCAACUUCCUCUUCGCCAACCUGCGCGACCGCGCCUUCCUGCUGCAGCGCAUCUCUGAGCUGCUGCGCAGCAGCUCCGCCGUGGGCAAGCAGCAGGGUGCCCCCACGCCAACCGCGGGCACGCCGUCCUCCCAGCAGGGCUCCCAACCGCAGCCCAACGGCGCUGCCACUGGCUCCGCGGCGUCUGGCGUGGAUAGUCAGAACGGAGGGUCAGCACCCAGCAACGCACCCCAGGAGACCACGGAGGCGUUGAUGACCAUGUUCCACCGCUCGGACAGCCACACCAUUGACCUCAAGCAGGCGAAGGAGCUGAUGAAGGAGGAGUCGUGGAGCAUCCACUUUGCGGAGUUUGGCCGUGGCGUGUGCAUGUACCGCACGGAGCGCACACGCGACCUCGUCAUGCGCGGGAUCCCUGAGUCACUGCGAGGGGAACUCUGGAUGCACUUCUCUGGCGCGAUCCACGAGAUGAACUCGUACCCAGGCUACUACGCGGAGAUCGUGCGCAGCAGCAUGGGCCGCAUGAGCCUCGUGACGGAUGAGAUCGAGCGCGACCUGCACCGCUCGCUACCCGAGCACCCGGCCUUCCAGUCAGAGAUGGGCAUCGCCGCGCUGCGCCGUGUGCUCACUGCCUACGCACACCGCAACCCCUCCAUCGGAUACUGCCAGGCCAUGAACAUCGUGACGUCCGUGCUGCUUCUGUACACGAAGGAGGAGGAGGCCUUCUGGCUGUUGGUGGCUCUGUGUGAGCGCAUGCUACCCGACUACUACAACACGCGCGUCGUCGGAGCGCUUGUGGACCAGGGCGUGUUUGAGGAGCUGACACGGGAGCACCUGCCCCAGCUGUGCGAGCGGAUGCAGGACCUGGGUGUCAUCUCCACCAUCUCCCUGUCAUGGUUCCUCACGCUCUUCCUGUCCGUGCUGCCCUUCUCCAGCGCCGUCUGUGUGGUCGACUGCUUCAUGUUGGACGGGGUGCGCAUGAUCUUCCAGCUGGCCCUGGCCGUGCUGCACGCCAACAUGGGCAAGCUGCUGUCGUGCCACGACGAUGGCGAGGCCAUGACCAUCCUGGGCAGUUACCUGGACAGUGUCACCAACAAGGACAGCACGCUGCCACCGAUAACGCAUCUGCACGCGCUGCUGUCUGAGAACACCGAGCCUCAGCCAGAAGUGGACAUCUUCCAGCUCAUCCGCACGUCUUAUGAGAGGUUCGGCUGCAUCCGGGCUGAGGUGAUAGAGCAGAUGAGGUUCAGGCAACGUCUGAGAGUCAUCCAGACCCUCGAGGACACCACCAAGAGAAACGUUGUUCGCUCCAUCAUGACUGAGACUCAGUUCACUCUGGAAGAGCUAGAGGAACUCUUUGUGCUCUUCAAGUGGGAGCACCUGCGCAGCUGUUACUGGGGAAGCGCCGCCGCUGCCGGCGCUGGCGCUGGCGGCGGCGCUGGCGCCGGCGGCGGCGAUGGCGACGGCGGGAGCACGGCGGUGCCAGUCAGCGAGCGGCACGACCCGAGCCUGCCCUACCUAGAGCAGUACCGUGUGGAUGCGGCGCAGCUCCACUCACUGCUCACAGCGCUGUCGCCGUGGGUGCGGGGGCCGCACCCCCCGCCACUCGCGCCGCGCCUCUUUCGCCUGCUCGACACCAACCGCGACGGCCUCAUCAACUUCAAGGAGUUCGUGAGCGCGCUCGGGAUAAUGUACCAUGGAGACCUGACCGAGAAGCUGAAACUCCUCUACAAGUUGCAUCUUCCUCCAGCUCUCAGUCCCUCGGAGCACGAGGAGACAGAGUCAGCGCUGGAAGCCACGCGAUUCUUCUAUGAGGACAUCACGCCAUGCACCCCACAGCACGUGGGAGUGCCCAAGCGGGCAGGCGACGCUUACAGCGACCUCGACAUUAACACCCCCGAGCACAGGGCACUGUGGCACUCUCGUGGGAUGGUGAGCGACGUGGACGACGCUCACCUGGCAGAGUUGACUGAGGGCUCCUUGAGUGUGGACAACAAACGCAUAGACAAAGGCGGAGCGGAGGCCAGGGACUACCGCUACUACCUGCGCAAGUGGGCCCAGGAGACAGAGCUCAAGAAGGAGAGCAUCAAGGACUUGCCCAAGAUGAACCAGGAGCAGUUCAUCCUGCUGUGCAAGACCCUGUACUCACUGUUUGCGGAGCAUCCGCACGAACAGCAGCUCUACCACUCCAUCGCCACGGUGGCCAGCCUGCUGCUGGAGCUCGGCGAGGUCGGCAAACGCUUCAGCCAGCACCGCAACCGCACCGCCGGCAACGCAGCCACCGCCGGCAACGCUGCCUCCUCCGGAAAUGCCGCCGCCGCGAUAAACCUCACGGCGAACAGCACAGAUGACAGCAUCGACCGGAUGGUGGACGAAAUGGCGGAGGAAGUGGCCUCGGCGUCGGACGUUGCGAUUGGGGGCGGCCAGGAAGAGGCUCCGUCGAUGCCGCGCAAGGACGAGCGCGACCGCGCGUCGCUCAACAACCUCGUUGUGUCGGACGACGAGUUCAACUCCAAGGACGACACGUCGGUGUCGUCCUACUCUGUCGUGAGCGCCGGCUCCAUCCCCUGCUCGGACGACGGCUGCUCCUCUGACGACGGCGCCGUCGUGCUGGUGGCACCUACCGCCGAGGGCUCGCGCCGGUCCAGCGGUAACGGUGGGGGGGAGGCUGCGGCCGGCGGUUCCUGCCCUCCUCUAGCCGCUCCUGCAGCUGCAGGCGCUUCAUCGUCGUUGGCGGCAACGGCGGCAGCGCCGACGCCGCCGCGGCGGUCGCCGGCUCGCGGGCGCCCCGACCGUGAGUGGGCCGUGAGCUUCGAGCAGUUCCUGGCGUCGUCACUGACGGAGGCGGCGCUCGUGUCGUUCUUUGAGGAAACGCCUGCGCCUGGCAGCCUCAUGGAGCGCGUGCGGUCCGCCAAGACGGGCCGUGCCAUCCCCGAGUGCCCCUCGCCAUCCCCGACCACUGCCGUCGACGCCGUGAGGUUUCCCGGGGAUGGCCGGGCCGUGUCGCCAGGGCAGGGAGAGUCCGGUGAUGGCAAAACGCCAGGCCGCGGAAGCCCCGGUGUUGCCGAUCCCUUCGCUGCCAGCCUAGCGGUUUAGAAGUUCUACUCAGGCAUUGGGUAAGCUAGAGAAGGGGUGACGAGUGAGAGGAGAUUGUAUACGGGGGGAGGGGGGUCAGAAUGUAAAAGGCAGAGUUAGGAGAUGAAUAUAGGAACUUGAAUGAAUCAGGGCUUCAGUUUGGCCUCCAUUUCAUUCCAGUGUUGGUGAAGUCCUGUCCAACAUUCCCUUCAUGCCAAGGUCGUAGGAUAGGACUGUGUAGCAUUGUCUUGAGGCAGGGGGUGGGACCGCAGCAGAAAGUGUGAAAAGGGUUGAUCGUUGUAUUGUGAAUGGUGGGAUGUAAUGAAUGUUAGGUUUGUUGCAAAACUUUGUACGUUUCUCUGUUAGUGAUCAUAGCCUUUGAGACGGACGAUUCUCUAGAUACCAAAUGUUAAUCUCCUUGUUGGAAGUUGCGCUGUACCCUGGAAUUUUUUUUCUCCGUAUGCCGUUAUACCAUAAGUAUUUUCAGAUCCGAGAAGUUCUUUCAGAUUCCGAUUGUUGUUUUGAAUCCUGUAAAUUACUCAAGAUUCUGCAACGUGCUCUAUAUUCCGAAUGAAUUUCCUGAGAAUCUCCGAAGUUGCUCCAGAUCCCGGAAUGCAAAUCUGUCUCUUAUAAUCUGCGCUGUGCAACUGCCUUGCCAAUGCUCUCCUGCUGACCAACCAACAUUCAUCGAGUUCAGAAGGCAAGUCCAAUUAUGCAACAUUGAUUGGCUUUUGGAGACUGGUCCGAUUAGAUAUCUUUGAUCUGGAAUAUCAACUUCUUAUUCGAGCUUUUUACUCGGCAUUCAAAUUGAUUUGUGUGCUCAUUAUAAUUGCAUUGAAUCGUGUGUGUAAGAAUCGAUUAUGUACCAUUUUCGGUAAUAUAUGCAAUGAUAUGCUCAUUUAGGCUAACAGAAAUUUAUUUUUUUUGCAAAAUUGGACAAAAAACUAAGUUGGUAAAAAGUAGACGGAAAUGGAAUGUAUUUAAUCGACAAAUGAAAUCGCUGGGAGAAUGAACUGUGACUCACAGUUCUCAAGGUCCGAUCUCUGAGAUCAUAAUCUGAUCUCGGAGAUCGAUUAAGUGAGAGAGUUUGACCUGAUCCACAGGGCUCAUUUCGAUUCAAUUGCACAGUGACUUCAUUUAGUGUUUCUUCUCUCGUAAAACUGCACGCUGCGGAGACCACUGUUUUUGUUUUAUUUUAACCGAGCUUUUUGGUAAUCAGCUAAUUGCUCAAUCACAAUUAACUAUCGGUCAAAGAAAACAUAAUCCCGCUCGUAUAUAAAUUAUGUGUUUUUUUUUUCACCUGAGAUAACAUGUACAGAUAUAAUCGUAAAUAUUAACAGUGAUGUGAAGCGUACAAAUUGUCUCCACGUAGAGGCUAUGAUGAUAUUGUUAAUUGCACCAUGACAAAAUGCUGUUUGCUCAAGUGAGUUGAGGGGGUUGAAUUCCUCCCAGCUCCUCAGCUCCGCGCGUUCCAACCCCCACCCCCCCCCCCGUCAUCAGUAGAAGACUCGAGUUCAUCGGUGGGCCGAUAAACCGCACGCUGCUUGGUGGAGUUUACCCACCGCUUCUGCGUCCCGUGCCGGUUCACGGUUAGAUGGCCCACGGUCCGAUUUCGGCUACGGCCACAAGCUCCACGUAAAAUGAAGAGGGAAGUGUUGAUUUGAUGAUCAUAUCGUCAGUAUCAUCAUCACCAAUUGAAGCACGCCUUCAGCUGUCUAGUGCCACUGUAGUCAAGUUUCAAGUUUACAAAUUCAACACUAAAAUUUGAUAGAGUAACUGUUACCAUGACAUUGAGGUCAAACGGGUAAACUUUCACAUGUUAAUACUUGUCAGUGGGAAUGCAAACCGUUAACUAAAGAACAUUUAGUCGCAAUUGAAUUUUUUUUUCAUCUGUUAGGUUCUGAAAACUCACUUUCCCAAUUCCAGUUUAUCGGCUCCUUUAGGUGGGCGAGAGGACCUCCUGAUGGGAAGCGAAGCCAUGGUGGCAUGUGUGCUUCUCUCGCGGAAACCGCGCACAAGCAGUGAUGUUACACGAAGAUCGAAGCUGCUGGACACACACAACGUGUUGCGUGUUCCUUUUAUGUCCCCAGCACUAACCACAAACCUUACCCCAACUAUCUGUCUUGCUCUACAAUGAACACUAGCUCUACCAUCGCAACACGCACAACUCUCCUUCGGUUCAGAUUCUAACGUAAACACAGGUCCUGUUCACAAUUCUAACCAAUCCUAUCUUUAACACGAAUAGCCACAUUCCUAGCCCUAUUACACUAACCACAUUUAGACGUAUAACCCUAAACCUUAAGAGGAAUUCUAAACCUUAAGUAAAAUUUUCGCAUGAGUAUAAUUCAAGCAUUCAUUUAACCAUAAUCACAACUGCCACCUUUGCCCUAUUCCCAGAACUGGUGACAACCUUGGCCAUAAACCUAUCUAUGAGCCUGCAACAUAAAACCAUUACAUUUAUUUCAUUUAAUCAGGCAAAGCACCUGACACCACUCAUUGUUCAGAGAAACGUUCACUGCAACACGAGUAACACCUUUUUAAGUAAAUGAUACAAACCGCUUAGAACACGUUUUCUGAACAAUACGGCACCUUGAUGAUAUUUUUUGCAACUUUGUAAGCGAGAUUAAUCGUUUUUUCUCCCCACACAGGUGGUUUUCUCAAAUAGGCUUUGUUUCUUUCCCAUGCAUCAUGGCACUGCGGUUCUGUGCCUCUGCCUUAGCGUCUGAUUUAGGAGCCGACUCCAGCAACACCUCUCCCGUGUGUAACUCAAACUACUCAAAGUAAACUUCUGCUGCGCAAAAUCAAACUGAGCCAAGGCCGACGAUGCUGCCUUCCCUUGCCCUAUUUCCAUGACCAUUUCCAAUUUGGCUAGACCCUUCCCAGUGCCAAUGCUGCAUUGAGGCCCCAACAUUACAAGCGGUCUUAGGAUCUCUGCAGAAUCUACCUGGGAGUGUGCAACCCAUGGCCUGUGGGCUGGCCACAACUUGUGGUGAGGUUUAUACCGGCGCACAAGCAACAGGGUGUGUGAAUACACGUCAAACUACUCGAUGUGCUCUGUUGGCCUCGGACAGGCUUGCACGCCCACUUUUUUCUCUUGAACCUGGCAUCACGUUUGCGAGGAGCUUCUGAAUGUAGCCCAUUCUCCACAGAAAGUGGCACAAUCCUAAUAUAAACUUUUCUUUUCAUCAAGAACCUAACAUCCAGCUUUAUAAACUCACCCAAAUUACUCUGCAAAGCUUAACACCAGAAAAGAAAAAGCAAUCCCACAACUGAAAAGCCAAACAUUACACUAUGAAGGAGGGGAAAUCAAUUUGUGGAACACACUAGCCAAUCAAAUGUAGCCCUACACCUAACCAAGUAGAUAAUCUCCCACUAACUAGUACUGUACUGGUACUUUCAUGUCUCUAAAAACCCUUCCCCUAACCUAUCAUGUGCACAUUUUGUUAUUGAUGGGUCAGUCACUGGGUUGCGAUGGGCAAGAUGAGAGGUGCUGAGAUGGUGGACUGAUAUGGAGGCUCCUUUAACUCCAGUUCCAGUUGUGAUCUCGCUCCUGUUGUCUUUGUCUUGUUUUAAGCUCGUUGUGACUCCAUCUUUAAAUUCUGUCCAAUUUCUGCUCUGUCCAUUAUCCACAUCCGGUUCCAAUUGUGGCUCUUGCUCUGACUUCGAAUGCAGCCCAGCUCUAGCAGUGCCUCAUGUUGCAAUCUGGUUUUAGUCCAGUUACAGCUUUGGCGUUGUGAUCUUUUUGUGAUCGUGGUUUGGUUCUAGACUGGUUCUAGUCCAGAUCUGGCUGCACCUUUGCUCAAAGAAAAAGUUUGUGGAAACAUAAUUUGUGUCUCAUGUGCUACACGACGAAUGUGGCUGCUGCACGUGACAUUCAGCCUUGAGUAAAUGACGCACAAGAGGGAUUUAUGUUAUGGCCCAAGGUUUGGAGUCGGACUUAAAGCACCUUUAGGAUUCUUAAGGUUCAGUGUUAUUGCCUGGGCUAGGAGUGCCAUACUGAAGCAACAUUUAGGAUUCUGAGGGUUCAUUGCUCAUGCCUGGAAAUAGGUCAGCCGAGACUAGCACCCUCAGAUUUCUUAUGGCCUGUUGUUAAGAUUAGGGUGCCCUUAGGUUCCCGAGGGGUCAGAUAACCUCUUGCAUUGGGAUUGUUCAUUCGGGCAUGUCACAACCGCUACACCUUCGUGUAGAUGCACCUUUAAACAUCGUACCUUAUUAAUCAUUACGGUUCUUUGUACAUCAUAUUAAUGUCGGCCUCUUGUUAUUCAUAGCAAAUGGCACAUGAACGUUAAUUAAACUCUUAAAAUUAUAUCUAAAGAGUACAAAUCCUGGUCUGCCUUUGUUUUGUGUGGUGGGAGACUGUAAAGGCUGUAUGCGUGUGUAUGGUUGGUUAGAAGAGGGGUGGACAAACCUGAAAUUUGGACUGAUGAAUAGGUGCAUCUGGAACCAAG